ACUCAACUACUGAAUAAAAGAAUCCUAAUAAAGGAAUUUCUGUUAUUGUAGAAUGAGUCAAGAAUCUGCCCAUGGACAAGGCAACAACAAUGAACACGUCAGUGUUCAUACUGAAGCAUCUAGUUUCACCCCUCCCAUCCAAAAUGAACUUGUCAAUCAACAAAAUGUUGGGAAUAACCCGAACGCUGGUGGUCAACCCGACCUUGUGAUCCCAACUUUUCUGGCCAAUGUGUUACAACAAAUAGCCAACGCGCCGAUGUUUCAACCACCUCCACCACCGCCACCUNCAAUCGAUGGCAUCCGUUGAUAGAUCCAGGAAGCGAAAGUAUCCUGCUUGCGAACACUGUGGAAGGAACCACCCUGGAGAGUGUUGGUUGAAACAAGGGUUGUGCCUUGGCUGUGGAAAACCAGGACAUUUCAAAAAGGAGUGCCCUACAAACCCUGGAGAACCAUUUCCAUCUGCUCCUGUUGCUAGCCAGUCUGCAUCAGCACAACCCGCACCAAGUCAACGCUCAACAGCGGGGUCUAAGCCAGCCAAGAAUCAGAACCAACAACAAGGACGAGCUCCUGCUCGUACAUAUGCAAUGAAGGCACGAACUGAGGAAAACCCUGACGUCAUUCAGGGGUCGGAGGAAGAACUCACACGCUUCCUCACUCACUUCGCCAAGCGCCCGAUCUCUCCGCCUCGCGUGCUCCCGGAGUUGUUUCCCCAAGAUAAAGGGUACCACGACCUCGACAACCAACUCCAAGCGUCAAGUUUGUGGCCAUUCGUCUCCAAGAGCCGCUCGAGCUUCAAUCCCGCCUUCGUCCGGGCCUUCUACUCCAAUGUUCGCCGUGACGGGGACACCAUACGCAGCAGCAUCAAUCUCUACGACAUAGAGAUUGAUUUGCCUACCUUUGCUCGGGUCGCAGGGCUGCCCAUCCGCGGUGGUGACAUCGCGACAUAUGGUGGCGACGAUUGGAUCCUCAACAACGAGGCGGUCGUCAUUCGUGAGCUUGGGAUCACCAACUUGAUCCGCCACAGCGGCGCGCCGAUGAUUCACUCGGCCCCACCGGACAAGCGCCUCCUCCUCUACAUCAUCACCCAUAUUCUCCGCCCCCGGGACAGCAGCCAUACCUCGCUCUUCAACGAGGACUUGAAAGCGAUUCACGCCAUCAUCCACGGCGCCUCCUUCAAUUGGGCGAAAUUCGUGAUGAUCCACAUGGCGGAUUGCGCCUCCAUCGCCACUGAGCGGAGCUUGCCAUACGCCUUCCUCGUCAUGGACCUCAUCAUCUCCGCCGACAUCUCCAUCGCCGGCCCGGAUACGAAGAUGACGAAGAUUUGGAUCAUUCAAGACAACACCUUUCGGAAGAAGUCUGGAGACCGGGACGGCGCAGGCCCAAGUCGUGCACCAGCCCCCGCUCCCGCCAAGGCCUCUUUGCAAUUUAUAGCCGAUACUUUGAAUCGGCUAACCCUCACAGUGAAUGGCAUGGGGCAGUCAAUCGAGCGGAUGGACUGGACGUUGCAACGCCAACACCACGACAUGAUGGCAUACUUCCGUGGAGUGAACUACGUUCCGCCACCUUUUGACAGCACCAUUCUCGGCCAACACUUUAAAGGCGAGGAUGAGGACGACGACUCCUACGCUCCGUCCUCCUCCCCCGACGAGGCCGACUUUGAAAAUGCAGUCGACGGCGAUCCCAUGGACGUCGAGGACGACGAGGAUGACGGCGAAGACGCCGACGCCGACUCCUAGAAUCUUCUUUCUUUUAAUAUGAUUGUAUUUUUUUAAUUAUUCCCAUUCCGUUGUAUUCCGCAUUUCCCUUUCAAUGAAUAAAAAUUACUUUUAAAUCUUUUUGUUAAUGACAAAAGCGGGAAGAUAUAAAGGAUAGUAAAAACUAUAAUAAUACUACUUUGGGAGUAAUAAAUAUAUAGUAAAAUAUUUAUCUUAUAAAUAUUUGUUUAUAAUAUUUUGUGUAUAUUUCUAACACUUUAGAAAAAUAACUUUGAACACAAAAU